AGAGGCUUAAGUAAACUCACAGAAGGGAGGGAGUGAAAGAGGAGGGGGUGGAAAACGCCCUGGAAGUCUAGUUGGUCGAGAAGUAGGAAAACACAGACAGACUUCUGACAGACUGCAAACUUGUGACAGUGUGAAAAGUGCUCUUCUUAGGCCGGGGUGAAGGAGAGAAGACAUGUUUUCAAGGAUGCUCAAGCGCGAGUGAGGCUUCGUUGGCGCAGCGAUUGCGCACAGAAGUCAAAAAAAGAAGCACACAAGAAGCAGACUGAAGCCCUUGGAUUUGCUUGAGCAGUCCAAGGAAAACAGCAAGAGCAUUUUCUUCAUAUCAGCACUGGACUGGAGGAAAACAAAAUAAAGAUGGCUGAGGAAGAGGACACCAGGGAAGUACUGUUUCAAGACUGGGAGGGUCCAGACAAAACUGGCUUAACCAUCGAACAUACAAGUGGAGGGGAGCUCUUAGUCAAGGAGGUGAAAGGAGAGUCACCUGCAGCACGAUCUGGAAAAGUAUAUGAAGGUGAUCAGAUUGUGGGUGCAACAAUCUACUUUGAAAAUAUGAGCUCAGAAGAGACGGCAGAGUUACUGAAAACAUUAAACAAACACAAAGUUGGACUGAAACUACAAAACAAAGGAGACAAAUCCCCUUGCUACUCACCCUUGAGCACACCAUGUCGUUCUCCAAUGGGUACCCUCACAUGGGAAGGGAAGACACAGUUUGGAGCAUCAAGUCCAGAAAUCAUUCUCAGCGGAGAUGAUGACGACUACAAGAGAAUAUAUACAAAAAAGAUUAAACCAAGGCUGAAAUCUGAAGACCUUGCAGAAGGAGUGGAUGUUCGUACAGAGCGGCAUAGCAGCACUAGCAGUGACGGCAGUACGAUUACAACCAUCACUCGGCGCAUCACGACAUACACAGUGGAAAUGCCAAGUGGCAUAGGUGAGAAACUAGAACUUUCAAGCCCAGACAUUAAGGGGCAAUGGCAUUCCUCUGGAGAUGGCUCUCCUCGUGUCAGAAUCUUGCAAAGCAGCCCUUCAGCUAAAGUGGAAGCAGAAGAUGGUGUUUUUGAGUCAUGUAAUGUGACUUACACUGGGCCAAAAGGUAGCUCUACAGAAACAGACAGGGGUAGUUCUGUUAGCAAAGCUAAUGUUAACACUGGAUAUCCUACACAUGCAGGAGGGAUUUCAAUUACCGGUGGGGAAAUUUGUCUUCCAAGUUCAAAGCUGCAAGGUGGGGACAAAGGUGAGGGAGAAAUAGUAGCAACCAAAGUAGACAUUAAAGGUCCUGAUGUAAAUACCAAACUAAAAGAAGGUGAUUUUAAAGUACCUCAUAUAAAGAUAUCAUCAUUAAAGAAAACAACUGCUAGUCAGGACAACUCAGAAGUGGCCAUAAAAACUCAGAAAGUGGAUUCAGAUAUUGAUCAAUCUCAGGUAUUUGUAACUAGUGGCUCUCAUGACAAACAACAAACAACAACAGAGACAGACUCAAGAAAUGAUGGUUCCAUACUUAAAAACAAAGUCGACAUGUCAACCUCUAAGAUAGGAGUUGAUGUAAGACUGCCUGAAAUGGGUUUGAACCUCAAAGGUCCUGCACUCAAAGGUAAUAUGGAUGCACAAGGUGUACACACAGAAGUAAAUGAAAAAACUGCUUUUGAAACCACAGAUAAAUUGAAGGGAGGAAUUCAAAUAUCCCAAAAUAUAAUCCCUUCAGUGAAGACUAAAGACCGAAAUGUGGAUGUAUCAGAUUUUGAUGUGAGAGUGGAGGGUUUUCAAUCUGCUGGUGAUGUGCAUGUUAAAGUACCAAAGACAAAAGGAGAUGUAAAAUAUCCAGACAUUGAAGAACCUGACAUUAACAGUAAGGGGAAAUUAAGUGGGUUCGGAAUGUCUAAAUUUCAAGUGCAUUCAUUCGACAGGACAGGCCCAAAAUUACAACAUCCAGAUGUUGAUGCUAACCUCACAAUAGAAAGAGGUAAUGUUGAUGUUACAAAGCAAAAGAUAGGUUUUGAUGUAAAAGUUUCUGAUAGUGAAGUUGAAAGAGCAGAUGUUGACAUUAAAGGACCAAAUGCAAAACUGAAAGGACCCAAAAUCAAUAUGUCAGGUAUUUCUGGACCAGAAGUAUCAAUACCAGAUGUGGAUUUAAGUAUAAAAGGCCCAAGGAUUAAAGGUGACAUGGACGUGUCAACUCCCAAGAUAAAAGGAGACAUCAAAUCACCUGAAGUUAACAUCAAAGGUUCAGAAGUUGAUAUUGAAGGGUCAAAGGGAGGGUUUGAAAUGCCCAAAAUCAAAAUGCCAUCAAUUAAUUUGAAAGGCCAAAAUGUUGAUGCCCCAGAUUUGGACUUUAACCUGAAGGGCCCAAAAGUUGAAGGGGAUGUGGAUGUUAAACUGCCAAAGAUUAAAGGAGAUCUGAAAGGUCCAGAGGUGGACAUUGAAGGUCCAAAUGUUGACAUUGAAGGUCACAAAGGUGGGCUGAAAAUGCCUAAAUUUAAGAUGCCAUCAUUUGGUGUGAAAGGACCAAAAGUCGAAAGCCAAGAUGUUGAUAUUGACCUACCAACGGCAGAUAUUGACGUGAAAGUACCUGAUGUUGACAUUGAAGGAGCAGACAUUGACAUAAAAGGACCAAAUGCCAAACUUAAAGGACCCAAAUUAAACAUGCCAAGCAUAUCUGGACCAAAAAUAUCAAUGCCAGAUGUGGAUUUAAACUUGAAAGGCCCAAAAGUGAAAGGUGACAUGGACAUUUCAACUCCCAAGUUAAAAGGAGACAUCAAAUCACCUGAAGUUAACAUCAAAGGUUCAGAAGUUGAUAUUGAAGGGUCAAAGGGAGGGUUUGAAAUGCCCAAAAUCAAAAUGCCAUCAAUUAAUUUGAAAGGCCAAAAUGUUGAUGCCCCAGAUUUAGACCUUAACGUGAAGGGCCCAAAAGUUGAAGGGGAUGUGGAUGUUACACUGCCAAAUAUUAAAGGAGAUCUAAAAGGUCCAGAGGUGGACAUUGAAGGUCCAAAUGUUGACAUUGAGGGGCACAAAGGUGGCUUCAAAAUGCCUAAAUUUAAGAUGCCAUCAUUUGGGUUGAAAGGACAAAAUGUCGAAGGCCCAGAAGUUGAUGUUGACCUCCCCGAAGCAGAUAUCGAUGUGAAAGCACCUGAUGUUGACGUUGAAGGAACAGAUUUUGACAUUAAAGGACCAAAUGCCAAACUUAAAGGACCCAAAUUCAAUUUGCCAAGCACAUCUGGACCAAAAAUAUCCAUGCCGGAUGUGGAUUUCAACUUGAAAGGCCCAAAAGUCAAAGGUGACAUGGAUGUUUCAACUCCAAAAAUAAAAGGAGACAUAAAAUCACCUGAAGUUGACAUCAAAGGUCCAGAAGUUGAUAUCAAAGGGUCAAAGGGAGGAUUUGAAGUACCCAAAUUAAAAAUGCCAUCAUUGAAUUUGAAAGGUGCAAAUGUUGAUGUCCCAGAUUUAGACCUUAACCUGAAGGGCCCAAAAGUUGAAGGGGAUGUGGAUGUUAAACUGCCAAAGAUUAAAGGGGAUCUAAAAGGUCCAGAGCUGGACAUUGAAGGUCCAAAUGUUGACAUUGAGGGACACAAGGGUGGUCUGAAAAUGCCUAAAUUUAAGAUGCCAUCAUUUGGGUUUAAAGGACCUAAAGCAGAUGGCCUAGAGGUUGAUAUUGAUCUCCCCGAAGCAGAUAUUGAUGUGAAAGCACCAGAUGUUGAUAUUGAAGGAGCAGACAUUGACAUUAAGGGACCAAAUGCAAAACUGAAAGGACCCAAAUUAAACAUGCCAAGCAUAUCUGGACCAAAAAUAUCAAUGCCAGAUGUGGAUUUCAACUUGAAAGGCUCAAAUGUCAAAGGUGACAUGAAUGUUUCAACUCCCAAAAUAAAAGGAGAAAUUAAAUUGCCUGAAGCUGACAUAAAAGGUCCAAAAGUUGAUAUUGAAGGGUCAAAAGGAGGGUUUGAAAUGCCCACUAUCAAGAUGCCAUCAUUAAAUUUGAAAGGACCAAAUGUUGAAGUCCCAGAUUUAGACAUUAACCUGAAGGGCCCAAAAGUUGAAGGGGAUGUGGAUGUUACACUGCCAAAGAUUAAAGGAGAUCUAAAAGGUCCAGAGGUGGACAUUGAAGGUCCAAAUGUUGACAUUGAGGGGCACAAAGGUGGCUUCAAAAUGCCUAAAUUUAAGAUGCCAUCAUUUGGUGUGAAAGGACCCAAAGUCGAAGGCCCAGAAGUUGAUGUUGACCUCUCCAAAGCAGAUAUCGAUGUGAAAGCACCCGAUGUUGACGUUGAAGGAGCAGAGAUUGACGUUAAAGGACCAAAUGCCAAACUUAAAGGACCCAAAUUCAACAUGCCAAGCAUAUCUGGACCAAAAAUAUCCAUGCCAGAUGUGGAUUUCAACUUGAAAGGCACAAAAGUGAAAGGUGACAUAGAUGUUUCAACUCCAAAGAUUAAAGGAGACAUAAAAACACCUGAAGUUGACAUCAAAGGUCCAGAAGUUGACAUCGAAGGGUCAAAGGGAGGCUUUGAAAUGCCUGAUUUAAAAAUGCCAUCAUGGAAUUUGAAAGGUCCAAAGGUUGAUGUACCAGGCUUAGACCUUAACCUGAAAGGCCCUAAAGUUGAAGGAGAUGUGGAUGUUAAACUGCCAAAUAUUAAAGGGGAUCUAAAAGGUCCAGAGCUGGACAUUGAAGGUCCAGAUGUUGACAUUGAAGGUCACAAAGGUGGGCUGAAAAUGCCUACAUUUAAGAUGCCAUCAUUUGGCUUUAAAGGACCUAAAUCAGAUGGCCUAGAGGUUGAUAUUGAUCUCCCCAAAGCAGAUAUUGAUGUGAAAGCACCAGAUGUAGACAUUGAAGGAGCAGACAUUGACAUUAAAGGACCAAAUGCAAAACUGAAAGGACCGAAAUUCAACAUGCCAAGCAUAUCUGGACCAAAGAUAUCAAUGCCAGAUGUGGAUUUCAACUUGAAAGGACCAAAAGUCAAAGGUGACAUGGAUGUUUCAACCCCCAAGAUAAAAGGAGACAUCAAAUCACCUGAAGUUGACAUCAAAGGUCCAGAAGUUGAUAUUGAAGGGUCAAAGGGAGGAUUUGAAAUGCCGAAAUUCAAAAUGCCAUCAUUGAGUUUGAAAGGCCAAAAUGUUGAUGCCCCAGAUGUGGACUUUAACCUGAAGGGCCCAAAAGUUGAAGGGGAUGUGGAUGUUAAACUGCCAAAGAUUAAAGGAGAACUAAAGGGUCCAGAGGUGGACAUUGAAGGUCCAGAUGUUGACAUUGAGGGUCACAAAGGUGGGAUGAAAAUGCCUAAAUUUAAGAUGCCAUCAUUUGGCUUGAAAGGACACAAAGUCGAAGGCCCAGAUGUUGAUAUUGACCUGCCCAAAGCAGAUAUCGAUGUGAAAGCACCAGAUGUUGACAUUGAAGGAACAGAAAUUGACAUUAAAGGACCAAAUGCAAAACUGAAAGGACCCAAAUUUAACAUGCCAAGCAUAUCUGGACCAAAAAUAUCAAUGCCAGAUGUGGAUUUCAACUUGAAAGGGCCAAAAGUCAAAGGUGACAUGGACAUUUCAACUCCAAAGAAUAAAGGAGACAUAAAAUCACCUGAAGUAGACAUCAAAGGUCCAGAAGUUGAUAUUGAAGGGUCAAAGGGAGGGUUUGAAAUGCCCAAAUUCAAAAUGCCAUCAUUGAAUUUGAAAGGCCCAAAUGUUGAUGCCCCAGAAGUGGACUUUAACCUGAAGGGCCCAAAAGUUGAAGGGGAUGUGGAUGUUAAACUGCCAAAGAUUAAAGGAGAUCUAAAAGGUCCAGAGCUGGACAUUGAAGGUCCAAAUGUUGACAUUGAGGGUCACAAAGGUGGGAUGAAAAUGCCUAAAUUUAAGAUGCCAUCAUUUGGCUUGAAAGGACACAAAGUCGAAGGCCCAGAUGUUGAUAUUGACCUGCCCAAAGCAGAUAUCGAUGUCAAUGUUCCUGAUGUUGACCUUGAAGGACCUAAUGCAAAAUUGAAAGGACCCAAAUUCAACAUGCCAAGCAUAUCUGGACCAAAAAUAUCCAUGCCAGAUGUGGAUUUCAACUUGAAAGGCCCAAAAGUCAAAGGUGACAUGGAUGUUUCAGCUCCUAAGAUAAAAGGAGACAUCAAAUCACCCAAAGUUGACAUCAAAGGUCCAAAGGUUGAUAUUGAAGGUUCAAAGGGAGGAUUUGAAAUGCCCAGUAUCAAAAUGCCGUCAUUUAAUAUCAAAGGUCCAAAUGUCGAUGUCCCAGAUUUAGACCUUAACCUGAAAGGCCCUAAAGUUGAAGGGGAUGUGGAUGUUACAUUGCCAAAGAUUAAAGGAGAUCUCAAAGGCCCAGAGGUGGACAUUGAAGUUCCAGAUGUUGACAUUGAGGGUCACAAAGGUGGGAUGAAAAUGCCUAAAUUUAAGAUGCCAUCAUUUGGCUUGAAAGGACACAAAGUCGAAGGCCCAGAUGUUGAUAUUGACCUGCCCAAAGCAGAUAUCGAUGUGAAAGCACCAGAUGUUGACAUUGAAGGAACAGAAAUUGACAUUAAAGGACCAAAUGCAAAACUGAAAGGACCCAAAUUUAACAUGCCAAGCAUAUCUGGACCAAAAAUAUCAAUGCCAGAUGUGGAUUUCAACUUGAAAGGUCCAAAAGUCAAAGGUGACAUGGACAUUUCAACUCCAAAGAUUAAAGGAGACAUAAAAUCACCUGAAGUAGACAUCAAAGGUCCAGAAGUUGAUAUUGAAGGGUCAAAGGGAGGGUUUGAAAUGCCCAAAUUCAAAAUGCCAUCAUUGAAUUUGAAAGGCCCAAAUGUUAAUGCCCCAGAUUUGGACCUUAACCUGAAGGGCCCAAAAGUUGAAGGGGAUGUGGAUGUUAAACUGCCAAAGAUUAAAGGAGAUCUAAAAGGUCCAGAGCUGGACAUUGAAGGUCCAAAUGUUGACAUUGAGGGUCACAAAGGUGGGAUGAAAAUGCCUAAAUUUAAGAUGCCAUCAUUUGGCUUGAAAGGACACAAAGUCGAAGGCCCAGAUGUUGAUAUUGACCUGCCCAAAGCAGAUAUCGAUGUCAAUGUUCCUGAUGUUGACCUUGAAGGACCUAAUGCAAAAUUGAAAGGACCCAAAUUCAACAUGCCAAGCAUAUCUGGACCAAAAAUAUCCACGCCAGAUGUGGAUUUCAACUUGAAAGGCCCAAAAGUCAAAGGUGACAUGGAUGUUUCAGCUCCUAAGAUAAAAGGAGACAUCAAAUCACCCAAAGUUGACAUCAAAGGUCCAAAGGUUGAUAUUGAAGGUUCAAAGGGAGGGUUUGAAAUGCCCAGUAUCAAAAUGCCAUCAUUUAAUAUCAAAGGUCCAAAUGUCGAUGUCCCAGAUUUAGACCUUAACCUGAAAGGCCCUAAAGUUGAAGGGGAUGUGGAUGUUACAUUGCCAAAGAUUAAAGGAGAUCUCAAAGGCCCAGAGGUGGACAUUGAAGGUCCAGAUGUUGACAUUGAGGGUCACAAAGGUGGGAUGAAAAUGCCUAAAUUUAAGAUGCCAUCAUUUGGCUUGAAAGGACACAAAGUCGAAGGCCCAGAUGUUGAUAUUGACCUGCCCAAAGCAGAUAUCGAUGUGAAAGCACCAGAUGUUGACAUUGAAGGAACAGAAAUUGACAUUAAAGGACCAAAUGCAAAACUGAAAGGACCCAAAUUUAACAUGCCAAGCAUAUCUGGACCAAAAAUAUCAAUGCCAGAUGUGGAUUUCAACUUGAAAGGGCCAAAAGUCAAAGGUGACAUGGACAUUUCAACUCCAAAGAUUAAAGGAGACAUAAAAUCACCUGAAGUAGACAUCAAAGGUCCAGAAGUUGAUAUUGAAGGGUCAAAGGGAGGGUUUGAAAUGCCCAAAUUCAAAAUGCCAUCAUUGAAUUUGAAAGGCCCAAAUGUUAAUGCCCCAGAUUUGGACCUUAACCUGAAGGGCCCAAAAGUUGAAGGGGAUGUGGAUGUUAAACUGCCAAAGAUUAAAGGAGAUCUAAAAGGUCCAGAGCUGGACAUUGAAGGUCCAAAUGUUGACAUUGAGGGUCACAAAGGUGGGAUGAAAAUGCCUAAAUUUAAGAUGCCAUCAUUUGGCUUGAAAGGACACAAAGUCGAAGGCCCAGAUGUUGAUAUUGACCUGCCCAAAGCAGAUAUCGAUGUCAAUGUUCCCGAUGUUGACCUUGAAGGACCUAAUGCAAAAUUGAAAGGACCCAAAUUCAACAUGCCAAGCAUAUCUGGACCAAAAAUAUCCAUGCCAGAUGUGGAUUUCAACUUGAAAGGCCCAAAGGUCAAAGGUGACAUGGAUGUUUCAGCUCCUAAGAUAAAAGGAGACAUCAAAUCACCCAAAGUUGACAUCAAAGGUCCAAAGGUUGAUAUUGAAGGUUCAAAGGGAGGGUUUGAAAUGCCCAGUAUCAAAAUGCCGUCAUUUAAUAUCAAAGGUCCAAAUGUUGAUGUCCCAGAUUUAGACCUUAACCUGAAGGGCCCUAAAGUUGAAGGGGAUGUGGAUGUUACAUUGCCAAAGAUUAAAGGAGAUCUCAAAGGCCCAGAGGUGGACAUUGAAGGUCCAAAUGUUGACAUUGAGGGUCACAAAGGUGGGAUGAAAAUGCCUAAAUUUAAGAUGCCAUCAUUUGGCUUGAAAGGACACAAAGUCGAAGGCCCAGAUGUUGAUAUUGACCUGCCCAAAGCAGAUAUCGAUGUCAAUGUUCCUGAUGUUGACCUUGAAGGACCUAAUGCAAAAUUGAAAGGACCCAAAUUCAACAUGCCAAGCAUAUCUGGACCAAAAAUAUCCAUGCCAGAUGUGGAUUUCAACUUGAAAGGCCCAAAAGUCAAAGGUGACAUGGAUGUUUCAGCUCCUAAGAUAAAAGGAGACAUCAAAUCACCCAAAGUUGACAUCAAAGGUCCAAAGGUUGAUAUUGAAGGUUCAAAGGGAGGAUUUGAAAUGCCCAGUAUCAAAAUGCCGUCAUUUAAUAUCAAAGGUCCAAAUGUCGAUGUCCCAGAUUUAGACCUUAACCUGAAAGGCCCUAAAGUUGAAGGGGAUGUGGAUGUUACAUUGCCAAAGAUUAAAGGAGAUCUCAAAGGCCCAGAGGUGGACAUUGAAGUUCCAGAUGUUGACAUUGAGGGUCACAAAGGUGGGAUGAAAAUGCCUAAAUUUAAGAUGCCAUCAUUUGGCUUGAAAGGACACAAAGUCGAAGGCCCAGAUGUUGAUAUUGACCUGCCCAAAGCAGAUAUCGAUGUGAAAGCACCAGAUGUUGACAUUGAAGGAACAGAAAUUGACAUUAAAGGACCAAAUGCAAAACUGAAAGGACCCAAAUUUAACAUGCCAAGCAUAUCUGGACCAAAAAUAUCAAUGCCAGAUGUGGAUUUCAACUUGAAAGGUCCAAAAGUCAAAGGUGACAUGGACAUUUCAACUCCAAAGAUUAAAGGAGACAUAAAAUCACCUGAAGUAGACAUCAAAGGUCCAGAAGUUGAUAUUGAAGGGUCAAAGGGAGGGUUUGAAAUGCCCAAAUUCAAAAUGCCAUCAUUGAAUUUGAAAGGCCCAAAUGUUAAUGCCCCAGAUUUGGACCUUAACCUGAAGGGCCCAAAAGUUGAAGGGGAUGUGGAUGUUAAACUGCCAAAGAUUAAAGGAGAUCUAAAAGGUCCAGAGCUGGACAUUGAAGGUCCAAAUGUUGACAUUGAGGGUCACAAAGGUGGGAUGAAAAUGCCUAAAUUUAAGAUGCCAUCAUUUGGCUUGAAAGGACACAAAGUCGAAGGCCCAGAUGUUGAUAUUGACCUGCCCAAAGCAGAUAUCGAUGUCAAUGUUCCUGAUGUUGACCUUGAAGGACCUAAUGCAAAAUUGAAAGGACCCAAAUUCAACAUGCCAAGCAUAUCUGGACCAAAAAUAUCCAUGCCAGAUGUGGAUUUCAACUUGAAAGGCCCAAAAGUCAAAGGUGACAUGGAUGUUUCAGCUCCUAAGAUAAAAGGAGACAUCAAAUCACCCAAAGUUGACAUCAAAGGUCCAAAGGUUGAUAUUGAAGGUUCAAAGGGAGGGUUUGAAAUGCCCAGUAUCAAAAUGCCAUCAUUUAAUAUCAAAGGUCCAAAUGUCGAUGUCCCAGAUUUAGACCUUAACCUGAAGGGCCCUAAAGUUGAAGGGGAUGUGGAUGUUACAUUGCCAAAGAUUAAAGGAGAUCUCAAAGGCCCAGAGGUGGACAUUGAAGGUCCAAAUGUUGACAUUGAGGGUCACAAAGGUGGGAUGAAAAUGCCUAAAUUUAAGAUGCCAUCAUUUGGCUUGAAAGGACACAAAGUCGAAGGCCCAGAUGUUGAUAUUGACCUGCCCAAAGCAGAUAUCGAUGUGAAAGCACCAGAUGCUGACAUUGAAGGAACAGAAAUUGACAUUAAAGGACCAAAUGCAAAACUGAAAGGACCCAAAUUUAACAUGCCAAGCAUAUCUGGACCAAAAAUAUCAAUGCCAGAUGUGGAUUUCAACUUGAAAGGGCCAAAAGUCAAAGGUGACAUGGACAUUUCAACUCCAAAGAUUAAAGGAGACAUAAAAUCACCUGAAGUAGACAUCAAAGGUCCAGAAGUUGAUAUUGAAGGGUCAAAGGGAGGGUUUGAAAUGCCCAAAUUCAAAAUGCCAUCAUUGAAUUUGAAAGGCCCAAAUGUUAAUGCCCCAGAUUUGGACCUUAACCUGAAGGGCCCAAAAGUUGAAGGGGAUGUGGAUGUUAAACUGCCAAAGAUUAAAGGAGAUCUUAAAGGUCCAGAGCUGGACAUUGAAGGUCCAGAUGUUGACAUUGAGGGUCACAAAGGUGGGAUGAAAAUGCCUAAAUUUAAGAUGCCAUCAUUUGGCUUGAAAGGACACAAAGUCGAAGGCCCAGAUGUUGAUAUUGACCUGCCCAAAGCAGAUAUCGAUGUCAAUGUUCCCGAUGUUGACCUUGAAGGACCUAAUGCAAAAUUGAAAGGACCCAAAUUCAACAUGCCAAGCAUAUCUGGACCAAAAAUAUCCAUGCCAGAUGUGGAUUUCAACUUGAAAGGCCCAAAAGUCAAAGGUGACAUGGAUGUUUCAGCUCCUAAGAUAAAAGGAGACAUCAAAUCACCUGAUGUUGACAUCAAAGGUCCAAAGGUUGAUAUUGAAGGUUCAAAGGGAGGGUUUGAAAUGCCCAGUAUCAAAAUGCCGUCAUUUAAUAUCAAAGGUCCAAAUGUCGAUGUCCCAGAUUUAGACCUUAACCUGAAGGGCCCUAAAGUUGAAGGGGAUGUGGAUGUUACAUUGCCAAAGAUUAAAGGAGAUUUCAAAGGCCCAGAGGUGGACAUUGAAGGUCCAGAUGUUGACAUUGAGGGUCACAAAGGUGGGCUGAAAAUGCCUAAAUUUAAGAUGCCAUCAUUUGGCUUUAAAGGAGCCAAAGUCGAAGGCCCCGAUGUUGAUAUUGACCUCCCCAAGGCAGAUAUUGAUGUGAAAGCACCUGAUGUUGACAUUGAAGGAGCAGACAUUGACAUUAAGGGACCAAAUGCGAAAUUGAAAGGACCCAAAUUCAACAUGCCAAGCAUAUCUGGACCAAAAAUAUCAAUGCCAGAUGUGGAUUUCAACUUGAAAGGCCCAAAAGUCAAAGGUGACAUGGACAUUUCAACUCCAAAGAUUAAGGGAGACAUCAGAACACCUGAAGUUGACAUCAAAGGACCAGAAGUUGAUAUUGAAGGGUCAAAGGGAGGGUUUGAAAUGCCCAAAUUCAAAAUGCCAUCGUUGAAUUUGAAAGGCCCAAAUGUUAAUGCCCCAGAUUUGGACUUUAACCUGAAGGGCCCAAAAGUUGAAGGGGAUGCUGAUAUUAAACUGCCAAAGAUUAAAGGAGAUCUAAAGGGUCCAGAGGUGGACAUUGAAGGUCCAAAUGUUGACAUUGAGGGUCACAAAGGUGGGAUGAAAAUGCCUAAAUUUAAGAUGCCAUCAUUUGGCUUGAAAGGACACAAAGUCGAAGGCCCAGAGGUUGAUAUUGACCUGCCCAAAGCAGAUAUCGAUGUCAAUGUUCCUGAUGUUGACAUUGAAGGACCUAAUGCAAAAUUGAAAGGACCCAAAUUCAACAUGCCAAGCAUAUCUGGACCAAAAAUAUCCAUGCCAGAUGUGGAUUUCAACUUGAAAGGGCCAAAAGUCAAGGGUGACAUGGAUGUUUCAACUCCCAAGAUAAAAGGAGACAUCAAAUCACCUGAUGUUGACAUCAAAGGUCCAAAGGUUGAUGUUGAAGGGUCAAAGGGAGGGUUUGAAAUGCCCAGUAUCAAAAUGCCAUCAUUUAAUUUGAAAGGUCCAAAGGUUGAUGUCCCAGAUUUGGACCUUAACGUGAAAGGGCCUAAAGUUGAAGGGGAUGUGGAUGUUACACUGCCAAAGAUUAAAGGAGAUCUAAAAGGUCCAGAACUGGACAUUGAAGGACCAAAUAUUGACAUUGAGGGUCACAAAGGUGGAUUCAAAAUGCCUAAAUUUAAGAUGCCAUCAUUUGGCUUGAAAGGACACAAAGUAGAAGUUCCUGAAGUUGAUGUUGAACUCCCCAAGGCAGAUAUUGAUGUGAAAGCACCUGAUGUUGACAUUGAAGGAGCAGACAUUGACAUUAAGGGACCAAAUGCAAAAUUCAAAGGACCCAAAUUCAACAUGCCAAGUAUGUCUGGACCAAAAAUAUCAAUGCCAGAUGUGGAUUUCAACAUGAAAGGUCCAAAAGUUAAAGGUGACAUGGAUGUUUCAAUUCCCAAGAUAAAAGGAGACAUCAAAUCACCUGAAGUUGACAUCAAAGGUCCAAAGGUUGAUAUUGAAGGGUCAAAGGGAGGCUUUGAAAUGCCCACCGUCAAAAUGCCAUCAUUGAAUCUGAAAGGUCCAAAGGUUGAUGUCCCAGAUUUGGACCUUAACCUGAAAGGCCCUAAAGUUCAAGGGGAUGUGGAUGUUACACUGCCAAAGAUUAAAGGAGAUCUAAAAGGUCCAGAGGUGGAUAUUGAAGGUCCAAAUGUAGACAUUGAGGGGCACAAAGGUGGCUUCAAAAUGCCUAAAUUCAAGAUGCCAUCAUUUGGCUUUAGGGGCCCUAAAGUAGAAGUCCCAGAAGUUGAUGUUGAACUCCCCAAGGCAGAAGUUGAUGUGACAGCACCUGAUGUUGACAUUGAAGGAGCAGACAUUGACAUUAAGGGACAGAAAACCAAACUGAAAGGACCGAAAUUCAACAUGCCAAGUAUAUCUGGGCCAAAAAUAUCCAUGCCAGAUGUGGAUUUCAACUUGAAAGGCCCAAAAGUUAAAGGUGACAUGGAUGUUUCAACCCCCAAGAUAAAAGGAGACAUGAAAUCACCUGAAGUUGACAUCAAAGGUCCAGAAGUUGAUAUUGAAGGGUCAAAAGGAGGGUUUGAAAUGCCCAAAUUCAAAAUGCCAUCAUUGAAUUUGAAAGGCCCAAAUGUUGAUGUCCCAGAUUUAGACCUUAAUCUGAAAGGCCCUAAAGUUGAAGGAGAUGUGGAUAUUAAACUGCCAAAGAUUAAAGGAGAUCUGAAAGGUCCUGAGGUGGACAUUGAAGGUCCAAAUAUUGACAUUGAAGGUCAUAAAGGUGGGAUGAAAAUGCCUAAAUUCAAGAUGCCAUCAUUUGGGUUUAAAGGACCCAAAGUUGAAGGGCCAGAUGUUGAUAUUAACCUUCCAAAGGCAGAUAUUGAUGUGAAAGCACCUGAUGUUGACAUUGAAGGAGCAGACAUUGACAUCAAGGGACCAAAUGCCAAACUUAAAGGACCCAAAUUCAACAUGCCAAGCAUAUCUGGACCCAAAAUAUCCAUGCCAGAUGUGGAUUUUAACUUGAAAGGCCCAAAAGUCAAAGGUGACAUGGAUGUUUCAACUCCAAAGAUUAAAGGAGACAUCAAAUCACCUGACGUUGACAUCAAAGGUCCAAAAAUUGAUAUUGAAGGGCCAAAGGGUGGAUUUGAAAUGCCCAGUAUGAAAAUGCCAUCAUUCAAUUUGAAAGGUCCAAAGGUUGAUGUCCCAGACUUAGACCUUAACCUGAAAGGCCCUAAAGUUGAAGGAGAUGUGGAUGUUAAACUGCCAAAGCUUAAAGGAGAUCUAAAAGGUCCAGAGCUGGACAUUGAAGGUCCAAAUGUUGACAAUGAGGGACACAAGGGUGGUCUGAAAAUGCCUAAAUUUAAGAUGCCAUCAUUUGGCUUGAAAGGUUCCAAUUUAGAAGGCCCAGAUGUUGAUAUUGACCUUCCCAAGGCAGAUAUUGAUGUUAAAGCACCUGAUUUCGACAUUGAAGGAGCUGAUAUUGACCUUAAAGGACCAAAUGCUAAAUUGAAAGGACCCAAAUUCAACAUGCCCACCAUAUCUGGACCAAAAAUAUCCAUGCCCGAUGUGGAUUUCAACUUGAAAGGUCCAAAAGUCAAAGGGGACAUGGAUAUUUCAUCUCCGAAAAUAAAAGGAGACAUCAAAUCACCUGAAGUUGACAUCAAAGGUCCAGAAGUUGAUAUUGAAGGGUCAAAGGGAGGAUUUGAAAUGCCUAAAUUCAAAAUGCCAUCAUUGAAUUUGAAAGGUCCAAAGGUUGAUGUCCCAGAAUUAGACCUUAACCUGAAAGGCCCUAAAGUUGAAGGAGAUUUGGAUGUUAAACUGCCAAAGAUUAAAGGGGAUCUAAAAGGUCCAGAGCUGGACAUUGAAGGUCCAAAUAUUGACAUUGAAGGUCAUAAAGGUGGGAUGAAAAUGCCUAAAUUCAAGAUGCCAUCAUUUGGGUUUAAAGGACCCAAAGUUGAAGGGCCAGAUGUUGAUAUUAACCUUCCAAAGGCAGAUAUUGAUGUGAAAGCACCUGAUGUUGACAUUGAAGGAGCAGACAUUGACAUCAAGGGACCAAAUGCCAAACUUAAAGGACCCAAAUUCAACAUGCCAAGCAUAUCUGGACCCAAAAUAUCCAUGCCAGAUGUGGAUUUUAACUUGAAAGGCCCAAAAGUCAAAGGUGACAUGGAUGUUUCAACUCCAAAGAUUAAAGGAGACAUCAAAUCACCUGACGUUGACAUCAAAGGUCCAAAAAUUGAUAUUGAAGGGCCAAAGGGUGGAUUUGAAAUGCCCAGUAUGAAAAUGCCAUCAUUCAAUUUGAAAGGUCCAAAGGUUGAUGUCCCAGACUUAGACCUUAACCUGAAAGGCCCUAAAGUUGAAGGAGAUUUGGAUGUUAAACUGCCAAAGAUUAAAGGGGAUCUAAAAGGUCCAGAGCUGGACAUUGAAGGUCCAAAUGUUGACAUUGAGGGACACAAGGGUGGUCUGAAAAUGCCUAAAUUUAAGAUGCCAUCAUUUGGCUUGAAAGGUUCCAAUUUAGAAGGCCCAGAUGUUGAUAUUGACCUUCCCAAGGCAGAUAUUGAUGUCAAAGCACCUGAUGUUGACAUUGAAGGAGCAGAUAUUGACCUUAAAGGACCAAAUGCUAAAUUCAAAGGACCCAAAUUCAACAUGCCAAGCAUAUCUGGACCCAAAAUAUCCAUGCCAGAUGUGGAUUUCAACUUGAAAGGUCCAAAAGUCAAAGGGGACAUGGAUAUUUCAACUCCAAAAAUAAAAGGAGACAUCAAAUCACCUGAAGUUGACAUCAAAGGUCCAGAAGUUGAUAUUGAAGGGUCAAAGGGAGGCUUUGAAAUGCCCAAAUUUAAAAUGCCAUCAUUGAAUUUGAAAGGUCCAAAGGUUGAUCUCCCAGACUUAGACCUUAACGUGAAAGGCCCUAAAGUUGAAGGAGAUUUGGAUGUUAAACUGCCAAAGAUUAAAGGAGAUCUAAAAGGUCCAGAGCUGGACAUUGAAGGUCCAAAUGUUGACAUUGAGGGUCACAAAGGUGGGAUGAAAAUGCCUAAAUUUAAGAUGCCAUCAUUUGGGUUGAAAGGCCCCAAUAUAGAAGGCCCAGAUGUUGAUAUUGACCUCCCAAAGGCAGACAUUGAUGUGAAAGCUCCUGAUGUUGACAUUGAAGGGGCAGACUUUGACAUCAAGGGACCAAAUGCCAAACUCAAAGGACCCAAAUUCAAUAUGCCAAGCAUAUCUGGACCAAAAAUAUCCAUGCCAGAGAUGGAUUUCAACUUGAAAGGCCCAAAAGUCAAAGGUGACAUGGAUGUUUCAACUCCAAAGAUUAAAGGAGAUAUCAAAACGCCUGAAGUUGACAUCAAAGGUCCAAAAGUUGAUAUUGAAGGGUCUAAGGGAGGAUUUGAUAUGCCCAAAUUCAAAAUGCCAUCAUUGAAUUUGAAAGGUCCAAAGGUUGAUGUUCCAGAUUUAGACCUUAAUCUGAAAGGCCCUAAAGUUGAAGGAGAUGUGGAUAUUAAACUGCCAAAGAUUAAAGGGGAUCUAAAAGGUCCAGAGCUGGACAUUGAAGGUCCAGAUGUUGACAUUGAGGGUCACAAAGGUGGGAUGAAAAUGCCUAAAUUUAAGAUGCCAUCAUUUGGCUUGAAAGGUUCCAAUUUAGAAGGCCCAGAUGUUGAUAUUGACCUUCCCAAGGCAGACAUUGAUAUGAAAGCUCCUGAUGUUGACAUUGAAGGAGCAGGCAUUGACAUCAAGGGACCAAAUGCCAAACUCAAAGGACCCAAAUUUAACAUGCCAAGCAUAUCUGGACCAAAAAUAUCAAUGCCAGAUGUGGAUUUCAACUUGAAAGGCCCAAAAGUCAAAGGUGACAUGGACAUUUCAACUCCAAAGAUUAAAGGAGACAUCAAAACACCUGAAGUUGACAUCAAAGGUCCAGAAGUUGAUAUUGAAGGGUCAAAGGGAGGAUUUGAAAUGCCCAGUAUCAAAAUGCCAUCAUUUAACAUAAAAGGUCCAAAGGUUGAUGUCCCAGAUAUAGACCUUAAUCUGAAAGGCCCUACAGUCAAAGGAGAUUUGGAUGUUAAACUGCCAAAAAUUAAAGGGGAUCUAAAAGGUCCAGAGCUGGACAUUGAAAGUCCAAAUGUUGAUAUUGAGGGACACAAGGGUGGUGUGAAAAUGCCUAAAUUUAAGAUGCCAUCAUUUGGCUUGAAAGGUUCCAAUAUAGAAGGGCCAGAUGUUAAUAUUGACCUCCCAAAGGCAGAUAUUGAUGUGAAAGCACCUGAUGUUGACAUUGAAGGAGCAGACAUUGACAUUAAAGGACCAAAUGCAAAACUGAAAGGACCCAAAUUCAACAUGCCAAGCAUAUCUGGACCAAAAAUAUCUAUGCCAGAUAUGGAUUUCAACUUAAAAGGCCCAAAAGUCAAAGGUGACAUGGAUGUUUCAACUCCAAAGAUAAAAGGAGACAUCAAAUCAGCUGAUGUUGACAUCAAAGGUCCAGAAGUGUCUAUUGAGGGGCCAAAGGGUGGAUUUGACAUGCCCACUAUCAAAUCACGAGAUGUAAACAUAAGGGGACCAGAAAUUGAUCUGGAAUGCCCUACAAGUGGGACAAAAGGAACAAAAUUUAAAAUGCCAUCACUUUCAGGUUCUAACAUCUCAUUACCUGAUGUAAAUUUAACGUUGAAAGGUCCAAAAUCUGAUAUCUCAUCUCCUUCAGUUGAAACUGAAGGUCCAAACCUGGAUAUUGAUUUUAAACAUAGCAGGGAAAAAUUGAAGUACCCAACAAUACCUGGGUCCAAAGUAGCUCUGCCAGAUGUCAAAACCGAUGGCCUUGAACUCAGUUCAAAAAGGUCUAAGUUUAAAAUGCCUAAGGUUGGAUUCAAGAGUCCAAAGAUAAAGACCUCAGAAACUGACAGUAAACUGGAACAUGGAGAUGUCAUCAUAAAAGGAAAGACUCUUAGCUCUGAGGGCCUUGACCUUGAUAUUGGUUUGAGUGGUGCAAAAUCUAAAAGUCCCAAAUUUAAGAUACCAAAAUUUGGUCUUAAAGGUCCAAAGGUUGAUAUGCCUGAAAUUGAUCUUACAAAAUCUGGUACUGAAAUAAAAACAUCAAAUAUCAGUACAGAUGGACUAGAACUUGACAUUGAGCUUGAUGGUGGAAAGCAUAAAGAUGCAAAACUAAAUAUGCCUACUGUUUCAGGAUCAAACAUAUCUAUGCCUGAUGUGGACUUAAAUCUGAAAGGUCAGAAACCUAAAGGGGAAAUGGAUAUCUCCAUUCCAAAAGUUAGCACUGAGAGCUCUACUGUCAAGAUAAAAGGACCUAAAUUUGAUGCUUCCACAAUUUCUGGACCAAAAAUGUCCAUGCCAAGUGUAGACCUAAAAGAUCAAAAGGUUGAGGUUGAGGGACCUAAGGUUGGAUUGGAAAUGCCCAAAAUAAAAAUACCAUCAUUUGGUAUCAAACUUCCACAGUUGGAAAGUUCAAAUGAUACUGUAACCAUUCCAAGUGCCAACAUUGAUAUAGCAACCCCCAAAGUUGACAAUGAAGUUGGUGGAGUUGAUGUUGAAGCUGGGGCAAAUCUUGAAAGUCCCAAAAUUAAACUUCCAUCAAUAUCAGGACCCACCUUGCCAGACUUUGACAUUAAUUUGACAGGGCCAAAAACCAAAGGAAAAGUUAAUGUGUCAGUUCCAAAGAUCGAGGGUGAUAUAACAGUUCCUGACAUGGGUAGUAACAUACCUGCUGUUGACACUGAGAGCCCAAGGGGAGGAUUUAAAAUGCCCCAAAUCACAAUGCCAUCAUUUGGGGUAAAAGGUCUAAAUGUUGAAGGUCCAGAAAGUCAUGUCAACCUCCCUAAAUCUGAUGUUGAUAUUAAAGCACCAAAAAUUGAUAUGAAAGGAGCAGACACUGAAUUUGAGAGCCCAAGUGGUAAAAUCAAAGGGCCCACAUUAAAUAUGCCAAGUGUAUCAGGCCCUAGCAUUUCUAUGCCCCAUGUAGACUUGAAUCUGAAAGGCCCCAAACUUGAAAGUGACAUGGAUGUUUCAAAGAUUAAAGGAAAAAUAACAAAACCUGAAAUUGAUAUCAAAGGUCCAGAGGUUGAUCUGGAAGGGCCCAAGGUUGGUCUUAAAACACCCAAAAUCAAAAUGCCAUCAGGACCAGAAGUUGAUCUAAACCUUCCUAAAACUGACAUUAGCAUUAAAACACCUGAAGCAAACAUAAAAGGAGCAGAAUUUGAUGCCACUGAAGCAAGUCUUGAUGCCCCUGAUAUAGAUAUAAAUGUAAAGGGAAAAAAAGGAAAGUUUAAACUUCCAAAAGUGAAAGGAAAAGUUAGGAAACCAGAAGCUGAUGUUAAAACACCAGAAGUAGACCUGGGUGUUGACACAACUAAUAUUCAUGUCGAAGGGACAAAGGUUAAGAAGCAUUUUUUUGGUAAAUUUCAUUUUCCUGAUGUAGAGUUAGAUAUUAAAUCCCCAAAACAUAAGGGUGAUGGAUCUUUAGCUGAGGGAUUAAAAUCACCUGAUACACAUUUAUCAUCCGACAGUGCAAAGGUUUGUUUGGAAGGCUCUGAUGUUAAAGCAAAAGGUAUAAAAGGUGGUCCAGAGCUUAGUGCAACUGUUUCGGGUCAAUCACCUGGUGGCCUUCAAUAUCCAGAGGGUACAAUACAGUUUCCCAAAAUCAAAGUACCACGGUUUGGUAUUCUUCUGCCAAAAGCGGAAAGCCAAGACAAUGUAGAAAAAGGGAAAUCAGAACUUGCAGCUAGUGGUGGCAUAAACACAGAGUCUCAAUCUGUCAGUCUUCAAGUCAGUUCACAAAAUAUUGACAUUCCCAGUCCAGAACUGAGGCAAGGUGAGGCUAAAGUAAAGGGGAAGAUGCCAAAAUUAUUUGGCAAAUCAAAAGCAAAAGGUAGUAGUACAGGUGAUCUUUGUGAAUCAGAGUUAGAAUUAAACCUUAGUGGACAAGAGGGUAGGAUUACUAAAGUACAUUCAGGUGAAAUGAAGGGUGGCAAAUUAGACAUGGAAGGUGAUUCCGGAGUCAGUUUAUCACCUAAAGGAAAAUCAGCCUCACUGGAUCUAUUUAAAAGAUCAAAGCAUCAGUCUUCCUCUGCAAGUGAUGAGGGUUCGCUUGCAGUUAGUUCUCCUUCAGCUCUUUCAGAAGCUGAGUGUGGUGACAUUUCAAUAGAUGUAGGAGGAAGUAAGGUCAAAGGUAAGAAAGGCAAAUUAAAGUUUGGCACGUUUGGAGGUUUUGGUUCUAAGUCCAAGGGCUCAUAUGAAGUGACACUUGGAAAGGACAAUGAAGAAGAGAUAGAGGGGAGUACAGAUGUUUCUGCACCUCUUAAAAAAUCCAGAUUGUCAUCAUCCUCAAGCAGUGACAGUGGAUCAAGAGGGGGUCUCAGGCUUCCAAGACUAGAGCUGUCAGGUUCACCAAAGAAGUAAUAGUAAGAACAAUGAAACCCUGUUAUAUGCACUCAAAUACAAUCUCCUAAAAAUAAGUUUUGAACUUUGGUUAUUUUUAAUCUAAUAGAAAGUCUAAUGCAUACUUAUCUUUACCUAUGAAUGAUUAUUUUAAAAAAAUGUAAUAGGAGUGCAUCAGAUUGUUAAAAAAUUCUUCAAACUGUAAAUAAGAUAAAUGUAUACUUUUAUUAAUGAAUAUUGUUUUGUACAUAGUCCAGAUUUAUUAAUCUAUUGCAUCACACAAAUAAAAGGUCAUUAAAAGUUUUGUUCAUUCUUUUAAAGAAGUGUUUUUUUUAUGGUUGUUGUAUAUUCAUAACCAGAGGUCUAUUGCAAAGAACAGACAUCACAGUUGUUUUGAAGGAAAACACUCUAUAUACAUUCAAACACACUUUUUUAUCAGUUACCAUUUUAAAUACAUAUACAAUUAUGGUUUUUCUAUGCUUCAGUAGUAGCCAGCACAGAAUUGUGUUUUUGCAAUAUAAUUUUGACAACCUUCUCAAGAUUCACAUUUUUGUAUAUAGCAUAAUUGCAACGACAAUCUUUUUGGAAAUUCUUUGAAGUGUUGUGUCUACUUCUGAUUGCUGUCUCUUCAUUUAAGAAAAUUUGUAUUUGCUAAAAGUUGUGACACAAUAAAAAUUAGUUUUCUUUGUUUAUUUUAAACUGGUUUCUUAAUCCUGUCAUUUUUACAUCCUUACAGUUAGUAAUCCUCUAUAUUUAAUUUCAUUUUGACACUUUCUUUUUGUAUAGACACCUGUUUUGGUCAUGUCACAAUCACUUUUUAAUGUCAUCUGUUUUUAAACAACUUUUGUGCAAGUAGAAAGUUGUAUACCAUUGAUCAUAUUUGAUGAAAUGAAAUGCAUAAUUUUUGGAACCAUGCUUUUGUGUGCAUUCUGCUAAGUAAAUGCAAUAAACAGAUUUGUAGAGUUUA